AUGAGGCUGAUUCUUUGCUUUUGUUCAUUAAUACUGACAAUAUACGGUAAAUCGAUAGUCGAUAACUUGAGGUCAAAAUACGAUAUUGAGCAGGUCGACGGAAGUAACAAAAUUGAGGAGUCCAAUCUUGCCGAUAAGGAAGAUAAAAAAGAGGGAAAAGAUGACGAGAACUAUAAGUACACUAUCUGCGAUGAUAAUAGCAAUGAGCCCACCGAUUACGAGAUAAGGAAAGAAGAGGGGUCGAAAGAAGAGAGGAAAAAGAAAGAGGACAAGUUUACAUACACUGUAUGCGAUGAGGAUAGCACGGAGAAGUCAAACAAAACAAACGAAAAUAACCCGACGAAGUCGGCUGGGUACUAAAUAAUAUUCUCUAA